CGGAACCGCUUCCUGUAGCAGGUUACUAUUGCAAGCUUAUUUAUAUUUUACCCGUUUAUUCGGGUUGUGCUUUAGGGAGGGAGACCUAAAAAGGAAUUGAGAUGUUUGUUUUGCGCUCGGAUCCUGCGUUAAAUCAUCUUUAGCAUAUUUUCUGGUUCUUACGCACUGUCUAAAUGGGUGCAUAUUACUGUGCCAUAUGUAGACAAACAACAUUCACUGGGAAGGGACAUAUAUUCGGAAAAAAUCACCAAAGUAGACUGAGAGUGGUGCUUCUCAAAUUCUUAGAAAAGGUGAAGGAAGCUCGCCGAACACUUAAAAAACCCCAAGUAGACAAGUUUGAUUGCACCCAGCACAAGCAGACGUUCUGGUGCUACUGCUGUGGGCUUGAAAUUGAAAGAAAUGUUACGGAUGGAAACAUGACUGUGCUGUAUGGAGGCUUGAUAGAACACAUGGCCACCCCAGAACACAGGAAGAAUACUCACAAAUUCUGGUGGGACAAUAAGGCCGACCCCAAACUCAGAGACAAGGUCAUCAUCACGGAGGAGGAAAGGGAAAAGUUUAAAGCAGAAGUGGCAAAUGCAUUAGAAUCAUUUGUGGAGAAGGAGGAUGAAUUCCUAAAACAGCAAGCUGAUAACAUCCGGGCCCAGGAGAGACAUCGUCAAGAGGUCCUUCAGUCUCUUUUAGAGCGUGACGCAGAGCUGGAGUUCGCUGGAUCCAACGGCACCGACGUGUAUCCAGAGGAUGCUGUCAGCGCUCGGUUUACACCUCAAGGAUCAGACCGGCAAGCAGGGAGCAGCCUCCUCAACUCAGUGGCUGAAGCACCGUGGACUGCAGUAGGACAAGGCUUGACUUUCAUAGGUUAUCAGGAUUCAUCAAACAGCGGAAAUGUUCAUACAGGCGCCGUCCCUCCUUGGCUCCAGGACGAUCCUCUGGAGGGGACUUCAGGAGCUGCAGCACAUCCGGAGAUCGGCCCUUCACUCCAGGAUUUCCUCAAACAGAAGGAGCAAGAGAAGCUGAGGAAGCUUCCACCAAACAGAGUGGGGGCCAACUUUGAUCACAGCUCACAUACAGAUGCCAACUGGCUUCCAUCCUUUGGUAGAGUGUGGAACAGUGGCCGACGCUGGCAGUCCAGGCACCAGUUCAGACAAGAGGAAGGGCAGAAGAACAGACAGAAGAGGAGGAGGGAGCACGGAACGGAAGGGCCAAGGAAGGCAAAAUCGACUGAUCAGUUGACAGAUUCUGGCAACAUUUGAAACAGAGUAUGGAGUAUGAGAAUUCAUGGUUGAAUGGAUGCAUAUGGUUUGCAAGGUGUGAAUGACUUUACACUAUGUUUCUGAGCCUGACUAGACACCCCGCUGUAAGGCAGAUGGAUAUAUUUAUGUUAGAAAGUUACCUUGGAUAAUUAUAACACUUUUUCCAAGACAACACCUGUCUGUGCAGCAUCAAAUUGGUGCUGCCGUAUCUGCUCUAUUUGAUCAAAUAGAGACCAGUGACUUUAAAUAAAGGCGCCAGAGAGAAAAGCCUCACUGAACUGCUUGUGCUGCCCAGAUUCUUCCAACAAAUCCAGGACCCUCAUCAUAGAGUUAGUGGUUAAACUACAACACUUUGAGACCUGAGGACAACACGACAGCAUGAAAGCAAACAGAGGGAGUGCCAGUCACUCGACUAACAAAUGUGUGAUAACAUCUGUUCAGCUGCAGAGAAAGCCUUAUCUAUCCUGAUUAUGGAAUUUUUUUCUGAAGUUGAGCGUUUUCUGACCUGUUAGUAUUAUUUGAUAAAAGGCCCUAAAACAGCAGCAAACCUAAACCAAAUGAUGAGUUUCAUUUCCCUUUUGGGGGCUUGUUGGGUAAUGAAAAGGCCUAAAAGGCUGCAUAUGCAAAUGUUUGUCAUGUACAGAUUUGAUCAUUAAACAUAUUCAUAAA